UCUCCUUCCCUCAUGCUGCCCGUGUCUCUCUGUAGUAACGCUACCCUCACUGACCCCCGUGGCUAGCGUAAGAGGGGGAGAACCCCCCCCACCCGCCGCCCUUACACACGAUGACGCUAUCUGGUUCACUAGCACUGAGGCUAAUGCUAAUGCUGCUAGCUGCACAUGAAUAGGGAGCCCAGCAAGGAGUGAGGGUAAACGAAGCCGCGACUGGAUUUAUUCCCUUCUUUUCCUUUAGGUACAAGGACAUAAAGGUACAAGGAUACAAGGACUCUUCGGCCUCCUUGACUUGAGUGUGUGGGUGUGUGUGUCUGUGUGUGUGUGUGUGUGUGUGUGUGUGUGUGUGCAGAAGCGUUUCGUGUGUCUCUCAGAUUUUGUCUGCGCUGUGUGUGGAUGUUUGUGGGUAAGAGGUGUCGUUUGACCCCGGAUGGGAGCAGCCUAGCUUGAUGGAGGCUUAGUCCGGCCAACCGUGGCUUUGUCGUGACUGGGGGACGGCAUGAGGACUAAUAGGGGGCUGCAGGACCCCCCCACCCCCAGCACUCCCUCUCCAUAACUUGUGUGUGUAGCCCAGUGACCUCCAGGUCAGCCUCCCCAGUGACCAUGUGGCGAUGUGUCAGGAACCGGAGCAGCCGUGGGACCACAGCACCUCUCUUCACCACAUACAUUUUGUUACACCUUUAAUUCUUUCCACCAAAAAGCAUAACGGGAUGGAGUUCACGUGACCUCAAAGGACUACCGUCCACACACUCCCCACAUCCUACUGAACGCUAGAUAAAGACGACUCCUUUGGAAACACUUUUGUAAAACCCCCAAACGACACGACAAGUCAUCUUGUCGCGUGAACUAUAGGACGAUGAAGAAGGCGAGCAGUGCCACUCUGAGGCGGGGCUGGCCCAGCGCCGACCUCUCGGAGCGCUUCGUGCCGGUUCCUCCGGUGUCGGUGGAGCCUCAGCGGGUCUCCAGGCGUUCCCGUAGUGAGAAAGACUACAGGAGCCACAAACACAGCAAGCCCCACCGCCACCCCCCGCAGUAUAUGUGUCAGAGCCCGCCUGCCUACGUGCAACCAGGUGAUGUGUCACCUAUCAGCAUGUCCCCGAUCAGCCAAUCGCAGUUCAUCCCUCUGGGAGAGGUGCUGCUAUUGGCUAUCUCUGCUAUGAACUCCGCCCACAAACCUGUCACCCAGGAGGCACUCACCGAACACCUGCAAACAUGCUUUCCAGGUGUCCCCACGCCAACGGACGAAGUGCUGCACCACACACUGAACAUGCUGGUGCGUGAGCGCAAAAUCUACCCAACCCCGGACGGCUACUUUAUCGUGACGCCCCAGACGUACUUCAUCACCCCCAGCCUCAUCAGGACCAGCUCAAAGUGGUACCACUUAGACGAGCGGGCCGGCGACCGCCUCCAGCAGCAGCAGCAGCAGCAGCAGCACCAGAGCCAGCAGACGCAGUGCACCUCCCCGCUCUCGGGCACCGUCACCCCCUCCACGUCCGGAGGGGUGCGGGACCGGGCGCACCCCAAGCCCAGUCAGAACCACUGCGGCGCCGGGGAGUCCUACAACAACAGCUACCGCGGCGGGGGCGUGGAGGACCCCCCCAGCCACCACGCCACGCUGCAGCGGCGCUCUCCUAAAGACCCCCGGGAGGCCUACUCCUCGCCCCAUUCGCCCCAGACCCCGCCCACGCAGGGGGGCGGCACCGCCGAGAAGAGCCGAAGCACCCUGAGCUUCCCCUUCAAGACGGACACGCUCACCAAGCACCGGGGGGGCGGGGGCGGCGGCGGCGGCGAGGCGGAGAAGCAGUCGGGGAGCGGGAGCGGGUCGAACAGCGCCAGCCGCAAGUUCGGCCUCAAGCUGUUCCGCCUGAGCUUCAAGAAGGACAAGACCAAGCAGCUGGCCACCUUCUCGGCUCAGUUCCCGCCCGAGGAGUGGCCCCUCCGGGACGAGGAGGUCCCCAGCCAGCUGCCCCGGAACGUGGAGAUGGAGAUCAUCCGCCGGAUCAACCCCGACCUCACGGUGGAGAACCUGGCCCGGCACACGGCCGUCAUGAAGCGGCUGGAGGAGGAGCGCGCCCAGAGGAGCAAGGCCUCCUCGGCCAACCAGAGCUCGCGGAGCCGGAGGAGCGGCGGGCGGCACAGGAAGCCGUCGCAGGCCAAGCCCAGCCGCUCCCACAGUAAAACCAGAGCCCCCCGGGGGGAGCCCAGCGACGGCUCCCACCCGGAGCUCACGGAGCGGGACUACCGGGCCUACUCGUCGUCCCUGGCCCGCUCGCCCCGGGAACACGCCCUGGCCAUGGAGCGCCAGCGGGCGCGGCUCCACCUGGCCCACAGCAACCCCAACAUCCUGGACGCCGCCCACCUGCCGGUCACGCCCGAGUGGGACGUGUCGGGCGAGCUGGCCAAGCGGCGGACGGAGAUGCCUUUCCCUGAGCCCAGCCACGGCCCCUCGGCCCAGCACUCCAAAGUCCACCGCUCUCACUCGCACACCCAGGAGAGGAAGUCGAGAACGGAGCGCAGCGACAAAGCCAAGGAACGUUCUAGAUCCAUGGACAACUCCAAAGGACCCCUGGGCGCCGGGCUUAUAGGACCGCCGGACUACUACGACGACCGCAGUCGCUAUUACACAGACGAUGGGACCCUGCGAGCCAAUCAGAGUUCUUCUCACUACUCUCGGAUCACGCCCAGCAAAGCGAAACUCGCCAAUGAGGCGCUGGGGUUGGAGGGCGGCAGAAGCUUGGAGAAGAACAAGAGCCGGGACAGUCUCCCGGCGUACUCCCCCAAGCCCCCGGCCGCCUCCAUCCCCUCAGACGACUACUUCCAGUGCUCCGCCUCCUCUGAGGCGGUGCUCACGGCCGCCAACCCCCACGGCUCCCUGGGCAAGAGCAGCCACGAGGGGCUCAAGCCGGGCGGCGUGGACCGGCAGUCGGACAGACAGACGCCCCACCCUCCGGAGUACAAGGAGGACGUGGGCAAACCGGGCCCCAAAGGGGGCAGCCUGCCGCCCAUCCCGCUGUCCGUGCCCGACCCCCCGCUGCCCAACGGCCGGCCCGUCCACGGCACGUCGGCGGGCCCCGAGAAGCGCAAGGAGAUCUUCAGCAAGGACACACUGUUCAAGCCCCCGCCCAGCCUGCCGCUGCCCGGCUACAGCUCCCUGAGGAAGACCCCCGCCCUGGCCGCCUCGGCGCUCUCGUCCUCGUGCGACGCGCUCGACUCCCCGGAGGCCUUCGACGCGCCCAAGCCCCUGGUGGCCACGCCCUCGGCCAGCGCCGCCCCCGCCGGGUUGGAGCCCGGCGGCAGCGGUAGCGGGGCGGCCGAGGCCUCCUUCGACUACUACAACGUCUCGGACGACGACGAGUUGGAGGAGGGCGCCGCAAAGGGCCGGGGCACAGACGGGAAGGCGGGCGGAGAGGGGGGCAAGGCGGGCGGAGGUGGGGUGGGCGGAGGCGGGACCAUGCAGUGGCUGCUGGAGAGGGAGAAGGAGAGGGACCUUCAGCGCAGGUUUGAGCGCAACCUCACCUUCCCCAGUGCUAAAGAGAACCUCCCGGAGCCCAGCCAGAACCAGCAGUCGGCGCACUCAGCCAGGCUGGACAGCAUGGACAGCAGCUCCGUGACGGUGGACAGUGGAUUCAACUCUCCACGCACCAGGGAGAGCCUGGCCUCCAACACCUCCUCCAUAGUGGAGAGCAACCGCCGGCAGAACCUGGCCCUCAGCCCGGGGCACCUGGGCCUCGCCACAGGCAACGGGCCGCCCUUCUCCUUCCGCGCCGUCCCGGAGCCGCCCGCUCCGCAGCCUGAGAAGCUCCAGAAGCCCAGCGCCUGCCUGGCCUCCAUCACCAGCGUCUGAGCGCACCCUGAGGGCGGAGGUGGAAGGUGGAGCUCUUUUUGGGACAUGGUUGUGAAGGGAAAUAUAUAUAUAUAUAUAUAUAUAUAGAUCCAUGUAGAUAUCUAUAUAUAUCUAUAUGUAGAUACCUGUCCCAAGAUGCCCAAGGACUGUUACAUUUCAGAACUAAUGAACUCAGUGGAGCGCCGCCUGGAGGCCCACUGAUGGAACUACAGCUGUUACAAUUACACACACACACACACACACACACACACACACACACACACACACACACACACACACACACACGCACACUCUCUCUCUCCCUCAAAUGGACUGAUACACAGAUGGAAAUCGAGGCCACAAAUUAAACCGCUUUUGUUUCUCACAUGUGUUUACACACACACACAUGCACCCACACACACAGACACACACCGAUACAUACACGCAAACACACACACACACACACCAAGCCACUGGGCAGACUUUGACCAUGUCAUUCUACAACCUCUAGUUUACACACUGCUGUUGUGUUGUUUCACUUGGAUAAUAUGACUGACUGCUGCCUGUAGAUAUAAUAUAUAUAUAUAUAUAUAUAUAUAUACAUAUAUAAAUAUAUAUGGGAGUGUUUGUGUUCGCGUGUCUGGAUGUGUGAGUGUGUGCGCAUAUGUGUGUAUAUUCUGUAAUCUCAGGUCAUGUUAUCUCCACUCUCAUUCCCGCUGCUCAGACUCAAGUGUCCCGCGAAGUUGUGAAUCCUAGUAUUGCACCACUACAGAGGAAGGGUGUCCCCGUCCCCUGUCCCCGUCCCCCCCACUGCUAAAGAGGAAGUGUUCCCCCUAGUGGUGUAUCCUAGUAUUACAUUACUAUAGAGGGAGAGUUCCCCCUAGUGGUGUAUCUUAGUAUAACACUGAUAAAGAGGAAGAGUUCCCCCUAGUGGUGUAUCCUAGUAUUACAUUACUAUAGAGGAAGAGUUCCCCCUAGUGGUGUAUCCUAGUAUAACACUGAUGAAGAGGAAGGGUUCUCUCUAGUGGUGUAUCCUAGUAUUACAUUACUAUAGAUGAAGAGUUCCCCCUAGUGGUGUAUCCUAGUGUUACAUUACUAUAGAGGAAGAGUUCCCCCUAGUGGUGUAUCCUAGUAUAACACUGAUGAAGAGGAAGGGUUCUCUCUAGUGGUGUAUCCUAGUAUUACAUUACUAUAGAGGAAGAGUUCCCCCUAGUGGUGUAUCCUAGUAUUACAUUACUAUAGAGGAAGAGUUCCCCCUAGUGGUGUAUCCUAGUAUAACACUGAUGAAGAGGAAGGGUUCUCUCUAGUGGUGUAUCCUAGUAUUACAUUACUAUAGAGGAAAAGUUCCCCCUAGUGGUGUAUCCUAGUAUAACACUGAUGAAGAGGAAGGGUUCUCUCUAGUGGUGUAUCCUAGUAUUGCACUGGUAAAGAGGAAGGUUUCUCCCGAGUGGUGUGUUCUAGUAUUACACUGGUAUAGCGGAAGCGUUCCCCCUAGUGUUAUAUCCUAGUAUUACACUGUUAAAUUGACCCACGGUACAACGAUCCAUCGCUCUUACAGGAAGAUAAUGGCAAGCAUAGCUGUUGCAGCUCCUGUUAAAACAUCUCCAGGAGUGGCAGACACCACCACACGGGCAUCGCCACAACUAUGUAGAAACAAGGGAAAUAACGUUACCCAGGUCCAUCACAGCUAUACAGAAAUAAUUGAUGUAUCUAAAUGUAUUUUCUAUAUUUGAACGAAAAAUUUGAGGGUUAAUUCCCGUUCAUAGACAACACAUUUAAGGCAAUGCAGAUGGCUAGUUUUGCUAACAUUAUGUAACUGAGAAUAUUUUUUUACAAGGCCCUCUUUGAUAUCAAUAUUCAUCCCGUCCCAGGUAACCAUUCCUUCUACCUGCUUGACAUCAUGUUGGCCAUCUGCACUGCCUCAAACGCGUUGCCAUGGAGAUAGACGGACCAGCUUAGAGUGCUGCAACUCUUGAGAUCAUUUGUUUCGGGACGGCCUACAACUGCAAUAGUGAACACCUCUGAGGUGGUUGUUCUGUCUGCUACAGCAUGUCAGAGUAUAACCUCUACCAACUACAACCACUCCUGAGCACAUUUACACGCACACAGAUGACUGGAAAAAUAUUAUAUAAACAGGCAAUACUCUUCCCUGUAAAUGGGAGCGCUGGUACAGCCCUGGCUCUCCUCUUUAAGGAUAAACAAUCAAUCUAGACUCCCAGCUAUUGCAUUGGCAGAGUGCGUAUAAACAUGGCAGUCGGUUCCAGCCCUUACCCGAUUGUUAAAGUGAUCAGAAUAUGGUGAGCAUGUAAGCGCGCUCCAUGUGUUUCUGAGGUUGUAAAGCGAGCUGUAGCAGCUGAAUCUGAGAGGAAGUGUUUCUUGUACCAUGUUGAAGGGGCUCGGAGAGCAAUGGAUUUUGGAAUCGUCCCGUCAUUACAAAACAAAUGGCUCCUAUUGCUGUGGUUCCUCAGAACCCAAACCAACAUUGUUCCACUCAAAAGGAAACUGACAUUUUUUUGCAGGAUUGCAUAUGGUAAUUCUUUUUGUACCUACUGUCGAUGCAAAGAGGGAGACUCACGCUGGAACAUGAAGCUGCCGUUACCGUACCGGUACUGCGGCUGAGUUUCCAAAUCUCAAAAUGCAAAGACGUGAGCCAAGCCGAUCGACCCACGCCAGUCCAGUGUUGUACGGAGCAUACAGGGAUCUUCUUUUGUUUCCUUUGUCUUGUUUUAACGAUUGACUUUGUUUUUUUUUCUUUCCUUAAUUUUUGGGGACUCAUUGUUUACUUUACAUCCGAUUUACAUUUUUUGUAGUUUUAUUUUUUUGCGUUUGGGUUGAACCCCGUGAGCCACUGGCCCUCCCGGUGCUUCAGACACUCUGGAUGUCUUCUGCGGUCGUUGUUACCCAACAACGAUCCGUCCUGUACUCUCGUCACCAUGGGGACGACCACAACGUCAAAGCAGAUCAAACCAUCGGCGGCGAGACGCCCGUCACGCGUGUUCCAACAUGGCUGCCACUGUGCCCGGUCCGCCCGGGACAACUAAUGACCCUUAACCAGUGAGGCUUAAGACGUUUGAAGCUGACUUAACCCCUCAGGCCCGCUGAUGGAUGCUGGCCUGCACCGAGCCACGGGGAGACGCGGGGCACGUGCGGCAAACUCGCAAAAAAAACCGACACCAACGUCCAAUGUCUGUAGUUUGUGAUCCAGUGCCGCGCAAAGCCGGACCCGCCCAUCAGAGUCCUGCACUUCUAUAGGUCGAAUAAUUUGUCAAUCAUUUGAAAUCCCACGGCGCAUCGUUUCCAACGGGCUCUUCUACAACUACCUCCAAAGCAGCAAAAACACAACCCAGCCCCUUUCUAAGAGUACACUGUCAUCAGCCUCUAGCCUGUGAAUGUCUUGCGUACACGCACACACUGACACACACAGACACUCACACAGACACACACAGACACAGACACACACACACACAUACACACUUUUAUAGCCACAGAUGCCCCCACACACUCAAGACACAGACAAUGCAUUUAAGUGCUGGACCGUCCUGUCUUCUCGUUCCAUCCAUCUCCCUCUCUUCCUACAAACCUCUGAUGGUGAACAUUAGAUCACUGGACAAACUACUUUCCCCCUUACACUUUCCCCCUUGCUGAACUUUAAAUGGCAUUCAGCAGAGGAAAGAAGAAACGGGUACAAAAAGCUAAAUUCACAACAUUUGCUAAUUAGCACGUGCAGAUGUUUGACUCCAAAUCGUGCAGGCGGACUUUACAUUCCUGAACAGGAGAGUCCACCUCUGUGCAAAUGACCAUCGAAAGACACCAAUCUAGAAAAGUUCCAGGUGUGUCCCAAACUAGCUUUAAAAAGGUUGCACGAGAACAAGUUUAAUAUUCUAGAGCCAACACUAUAAUCCAGGGACUGGUACCACAGCCAACCUGUCUGAUAACCACAGUGUACUAGUGAUUGGUUGUGGGACAACGCCUCACACCAUAUCUCGGUGGUUGGAUUCCUUAAGACCCCUAGGGCCUUGGCUCCUUAGUCCUAGUUUUAGUACUGUGUACUAGGGUGUAGAACCCGACUAGCAAUAUAGCGCAGACCCCUACUGUAUGGUCCCUGUUAAUGAUACCACUACGUUGUGUUUCCAGUGUGGCCAACGCAGGAAGUGAGGGGGCCCCCACUCUGGUCCAACCUCUUCUUUAAACCUUAAACAAGUUACUUAAGGAGAUUGUAAUGUCUGAGUUCAACACCCUCAAACCCUCACCUUUGUUUCUCAUGUUUUGCACUGCCCCCCACCCCCACCAGCCGGCCUCCGUUCCACACACACGCACGCACACACCACCACCACCCGCGACAACCACCACCUCCUCUUCCACACUCGACGCUCCAUGAAAUGUCUUCCGUUGACAUUGACAAACGGUUCUAACGCUGGAGGUUCCACAAUAGCAUUGUUUCUAACAGUGACGUUAAUGUCAUACUUGUAAAUGAUGUUUAUCUGUCAUGCCUAGUCAGAAUAAUUUAAACAAUAAAAAGAGGGAUUCUUUUGUAAAUGUCUAUAAUAUUGGGGAAAAGGUUUUUGGGCGGUGUUGUUUGUCCGGCUAAGCACGUCCAGCAAAAAGAAAACACAUUUAGCUACAAAAUGCGUCUUUUAAAAAAAAAAAAAACUCUUCUUCUGACACCUCCAACUGAUGCACCAUUUUUAAGAAAGGCAAUUUGAAGCUUUAAUGUUGUUAUUUUGCACAUGCUCAACUAGACAAAGGGCACCCCAUAAACGAGUCCCUCUGUGUGUAGUGCUGGUGUUACCGUUGUUGUAGUGUAUGUGAUAUAUUACCCCAUGGGGAUUGUGUUACUUUUUAAGAUAAUAAAAAUUAACAAUGUUUGGUUA